UGACUUUCGUUGAAUUCACUCAUGACCCGACCGCAGCUGCCAAUCGGGCAGCGCUCUUUGCCAAGUCGACUCCCCGAAAGACCAGAUGAGGCGAAGAAGCCGCUUCGCUUUGAGGCUGCUUCCGCGGCACGUCAGCAUCCUUUCAAGGAGCAACAACAGUACAUCUACGCAGAUGCCGUUUUCUAUGGCAGCAAAUGGCUGGGCGUUUGCGAUGGAGUUUCUGGUGUUCAGAAGAUGGGCAUCGCGCCGGAUGUUCUGCCUCGCGAAUUGUUGAUGCAAUGCCAAAAGGUCAUGGAGUCUUGCGCGCGCGAUGAGCAUGGAGCAUGGGUGCUCUCUAUGCUGAAGGAAGCGUUUGCAGGAACUUCCGCCUUGGGGGCAACGACCGUUCUGCUGGCCUGUAUCGAGGACUGUCAGAGGUUAGCUCUGAUCACUUUGGGAGAUUGCGCCUUGCUACAACUCAGGCCCGUGCCCAGUGGCGACGGUGGCUUGCGCCGGAGUUUUCGUUCCCAGCGAGUGAUGAUGGGAGAGAAGACGCCCGCACAGGUGUUACGUUUGCCCCAUCAAAUCACUGGGGAACAGAAGGAGCUGGUGGAGGACUGUCGAUUGGAUUUGGUGAACAUCAAGCAUGGAGAUCUCAUCGUUCUCGGCACCGAUGGCCUCUUCGACAACCUGAGCGAUGAGGCCAUCACCGAAAUCGUGCAGAGAUACUGCUCCCAGGGAGACGGAGAUUCAGGCCUCGUGACCCGGAAGCAGAGUCGACUGGUGCAGCAGUUGCCAGUGCUCUACAAAGCUCCGCUGCCCUCAGCUUCGCAGCUGCAACAGGCGGCCAUUGGCUUAGUCGAUGCGGCAAUCCGCAACGUCGUGCUCGUUCCUGACUCGGCAGCGGCGCCCUUGGUGGCCAGAGGAAAUCCGGACGACACCACAGUCAUCGUGGCGCUGGUGGUGGAGGAGGGUCGACAACUAGAGAGCGACAGCGAAGUGGAGCUUCAAUCCGUCUAUCCCGAGGCCGAGGCGAUCCUGAGCAAGGCUGCAUGUACUGAUCGUGGGGUGUGCAGCACAGGUUUCUGGCCCAUCUGCUGCUACAGUGCUGCCAUUGAUCGGGAUGACCAUGAGGAUUCUGAGUUGUCGAGCGAGCACAUGGAUGACGACUCGCGGAAGGUGAACUGGUUGUCGUGGUGACCCUGACUCCACGUGGACCGCUCCGCGGUCAGCUGAGAAAAUGGGCACGAGUCAGAAA